UCGAGAGGGGUUAGGGCUUUCGGCUCUUGGAAAAAAACAGUCGAAGCGCUCACCGCUGCAACCGCCCCGGCCGUGCAGCGUCCAAUCCUCAACCUUUUUCCGACAAUUUUCACGGCUUUCCGACCGGCGGGCUAUCUUCCAUUGGUAGCGACGGUUCUCAACCUUUUUCUGCCGACAAAAGGCAUCGAUUCAACGCUGAAGACUCCACGAGCCGCGGGCUGGCGGCAGAAGUAGUAGGAACAAUACGAAGAUUAAGGAUGCUCGUGAUGGAUCCUUAGUCCUUGAUUAUAGAAGAAGCUAGAUUAUAUCUCUGCAACUAUGGUCAGAAAGGAGGGCUCCAUGAAAGUGAGGAAGAGGAGCCAGUCUUCCAUUGUGAAUAGGAAGCAGAGAAACCCUAGGAGCAGGUCUUCAUUUGAUGAUGACCGCUUCUUCAACAAGAGAAACAAGCGGACAAUUGCAGAAGAUGAAGAGAUCAGGGAAAGCGAUUAUGAUGAUGAUGAUGAGUUUGACGGAAAAGAGAAAAGGGAAGGAGAGGAGGGGGCGCAGGAAUUGGAGCCCGAAGAUGUUGAGACGGCAGAUGAGAAGCGCGUUCGCGUGGCGAAGGCAUACCUGGAGAAGAUAAGGGCAAUCACAAGGCAUGAGGAGGAGGAUGGCUAUGUGGAUGAGGAUGAAGAUGAGGCGAAGGCAGAGGAGGCGCGGAAGGGGAUGAGAGACUCACUUGUUGCGGAUUUUCUACAACAAGAACAGCUAGAAGAGAGUGGGCGGGUGCGGCGGCAGCUCGCUCUGAGGGUGCAAAAACCAGUGGAGGGUUUCCGUUUGUUAGUCAAACAUCGAAAAGCUGUGACUGCUGUUUCAUUAUCUGAUGAUGAUCUCAAAGGAUUUUCUGCAUCCAAAGAUGGAACAAUCUUUCAAUGGGAUGUUGAAAGUGGCAAAACUGAGAAGUACUCGUGGCCCAGUUGGGACAUUCUUAGCUCGCAUGGUGCUAGAAAGCCAGAAAGUCCUUCGAUAAAGUGGAGCAAUCAUGUUUUAGCGUUGGCUGUUAGUUCUGAUGGCCGCUAUUUGGCUACAGGGGGCCUAGAUCGACAUGUGCAUUUAUGGGAUGUUCGCACGCGGGAGCACAUUCAGGCAUUUCCUGGUCAUAGAAGACCUGUGUCUUGUUUGAUCUUUAGGCAGGGAACGUCACAACUUUUUUCUGGAUCAUUUGAUCGCUCUAUCAAGAUAUGGAGUGCUGAAGAUCGAAGUUACCUUGGGACAUCUCAUGGCCAUGAGGGUGAAAUAUUAGCGAUUGAUUGUCUAAGAAAGGAGCGGACAUUGACUGUUGGUCGUGAUCGAACAAUGCGAUUGUCAAAGAUCCCCGAGGAAACACAUCUAAUUUUCCGCUCCUCAACUGCAUCCCUGGAGAGUUGUUGUUUCAUCAGUAAUGAUGAGUUCUUAUCUGGCUCAGAUGAUGGAAGCAUAGAGCUAUGGAGCUUAUUGAAGAAGAAGCCCAUUUUUGUUGUAAGACAUGCACAUUCAAUGCUAGCCCCCAAUACCAACUUAAAUGGAGUCUGUGAUGAGAGAAAAAUGGUUAAUGGUCACUCAGAUUACGAACAUUCUGAGGCUGGAUUUCUAAAACCAUCAACUCAGUCAUGGGUUGGGGCUGUUGCAGUCUGCAGGGGCAGCGAUCUUGCUGCAUCUGGAGCUGGAAAUGGUCUUGUGCGUUUGUGGGCUGUAGGGGAUGAACAAAGAAUAAUUAGCCCUAUACAUGACGUUCCAUUGAAUGGUUUCGUGAAUUCCCUUGCAUUCGCAAAAUCUGGGCGUUUCCUUGUUGCUGGAGUGGGACAGGAGCCUCGUCUGGGAAGAUGGGACCGCAUUUCUGAUGCACAAAAUGGGGUUGUGCUGCAACCAAUCAAGCUCAUGGUAUAAGAUGACUGAACUAAACAGUGAAGCAGAGGCCUCAAAUGAGUCACACAAAAUUUUGGCGGAUGUUGCAUAUGAUUAGUUGUUUUCAUUAAUUAUCUACCGAGUCAAGGAUCCCUAUCAUAAUUUCAAUUUGUAAUGCUUCCAGUUAUCUUUCGCGAUUUCUGUCA